AUUCAAUGUAAAAAUCAUUUGCAUUGAUUCAGUAUUUCGCCUUUCUCUUCAAUUUACAGGGACAGAUCCAAGUAUUCAUCUGAAGCUCCUUCCAUGGAUUCCCAUCAUUCUUGCUCAAAAACAUUCUAGGCACAGUUAUUCAUUCAUUCCUAUGUAAAUCCGUUUCUAGGUAUCUCCAUCCCCGAGAGGUGUUUGAAGGAAUUUUAUGAUGGGGGAUCAAAGAAGUCACAGAAUUCUGAUGGUCUCUGAUUUUUUUUAUCCCAACUUUGGCGGUGUGGAAAGUCACAUUUAUUAUCUCUCACAAUGUCUGUUGAAACUCGGUCACAAGGUUGUGGUGAUGACUCAUGCUUAUGGAAACCGUAGUGGUGUGAGAUACAUGACAGGAGGCCUAAAAGUGUAUUAUGUACCGUGGAAACCGUUUGUGAUGCAAAAUACAUUGCCAACUUUCUACGGGACCCUUCCAAUAGUCAGGACAAUCUUGAUUCGAGAAAAAAUUACAUUAGUGCAUGGACACCAGGCCUUUUCAACUCUCUGUCACGAAGCUUUGAUGCAUGCAAGAACCAUGGGAUACAAGGUUGUAUUUACUGAUCAUUCACUCUAUGGUUUUGCUGAUGUGGGAAGCAUCCACAUGAACAAAGUAUUGCAAUUUACUUUAGCAGAUGUUACUGAGGCUAUAUGUGUUUCACAUACUAGUAAGGAGAACACAGUUCUACGAUCAGGUUUGCCACCAGAAAGAGUUUUUGUAGUACCUAAUGCUGUCGAUACUGCUAUGUUUAAGCCUGCUUUGAACCGUCUCAGUACAAGUGAGAUUAUCAUUGUGGUUGUAAGUCGAUUAGUUUAUCGCAAAGGGGCAGAUUUGCUUGUUGAAGUCAUUCCCGAAGUCUGUCGCAUGUUUGCUAAUGUGCGGUUCAUUAUUGGAGGAGAUGGACCAAAACGUGUGCGGCUAGAAGAGAUGAGGGAAAAGCAUGGACUUCAAGAUCGAGUUGAGAUGUUGGGAGCUGUUCCACAUGCUCGAGUUCGAUCAGUCCUUAUAUCUGGCCAUAUAUUUCUAAAUAGUUCUUUAACGGAAGCUUUUUGCAUAGCCAUAUUAGAGGCUGCUAGUUGUGGAUUAUUAACCGUUAGUACGCGUGUUGGAGGUGUGCCCGAGGUUCUACCAGAUGACAUGGUUGUACUCGCAGAACCAGAUCCCGGUGAUAUGGUACAAGCUAUUAAGAAGGCAAUUACCAUACUUCCUAAGAUUGACCCACAAGAAAUGCAUAAUCGUAUGAAGAAAUUGUAUGAUUGGCAUGAUGUUGCAAGGAGGACAGUUAUUGUAUAUGACUAUGCCGUGAAAAGCUCGGAUCAAAAUCUUCUUGAACGACUCUCCAGGUAUCUCUCGUGUGGAUCGUGGGCAGGAAAGCUUUUUUGUUUAGUGAUGAUCAUCGACUUUUUGCUAUGGUAUCUUUUGAAACUGUGGCAGCCUGAUGAGAACAUUGAGGUGGUGCCCGAUUUUACAUUGACAUGCAAUCAGGAUCAGGGGCCGAUGCAUGACACGGAUGAAGAAAGAAAGGGCUUGAAAUGACCAUGGAUAAACUGUUUAUUUCGGCGAAACUUAUGAGGUUGAACUCCCCGUUCUCAUUCGUGAACGGUUGAACAGAAACACAUCUUCUUCCUUUUUUCCUUGGUUGUGGAAAACAAGGUAUUCUUCGUGGUGGACAAGAGUUUCUCUCCCUUAUGUGACUCUCACUCACUCUUCCAUUUCCUUUUCAUUCUCCAUGUUAGAACCUCAUAUAGAUCGAUGAUCAUCUUGCCACUUGAUACUCAAAAGUCAAUAGAAUGCAUGUAAGAUUAGUUAGUGACUCUGACUCUAUUCCAGAUGUUUUUCUGUGUUGUUGGGGCCUUGAUGGAUCAUCUUGUGAUCAUCU